CGGCCUUUUCGCAAGGAGUAAAAUACAAAAUAUCAAAAUAAUCAACAUAAUUUUCAAAAAACAAACAAACUCGUAUUGUCUAAUUCAAAAGUCAACGGGUCAACACAGCCCAUAUUUUAUUUUAAAUGGAAUUUAUAUCAAAACCGGUUAUUUCAUGUGCUGGCGAUGAAAAUCUUUUACCCUUUUUUGAAAGUCAUUGUUUAGGCACUUUAGCCAGUCAUCAAGUAACAUGGAAGCAUCCAAAACUGUCAAUUUCACAUUCUGUUCGCCUGGAAGCCUGUUUUACACGAUUUCGUGUUGAUCAGUUACAGUCAAAUGUAAAAGUUUUGUCAAGUGGACGACCUGUUCGACCUGUUGGCACUUUUCAACCGCUAUUGUAUAUUUAUGUUGUAUCAAGUAAUGUCACCCAGUAUACUUCACAAGGCGGAAGAAAUGCUGUCGGCAGUUGGUUGGGUCAUCUGCGUGCACGAAAUGUAUUCGACUGGUUAAUUAUCAUGGUGAAUUCUGAUCCACAGUAUAAUACUCCAAAAAUAUUACAAAAAUCAAAUGUAUUGGAUAAAAUUAAAAGUGAUUUCAAUGUUCGUACAGGAGAUCGACAAUUUCUUGAAGUUCCUGCACCAAAUUCAGUUGAAGAGAGACUAUUCAAUGAGUCGUGGAAUCAGUUGACAUAUCUUAUUCGUAAAGCGAUCAUUGCAGCGUGUAUGUCAAUUAUCGUGGAUUAUGAUGUUCACUUGCAUAUGCUGGCUGAUUCACGUACAAGUUUCACUUGGGAUUAUUUCGAGUAUUUAGAUAGGAAAGAAGAACUAGCUCAUAUGUACUUAUUCCUAGGAGGACAUGAACAUGCCUUACAUGAAUACUAUGAAGCAACUGAAUUACUUUCUAAUUGUAUUCAAACUUCAAUAGAUCAGGGAACUAGUCGUCCUCAAUGGUUGAAUCGAUUAGCACAACUUUCAUCCUCUGAUGAUGCCUCCUAUUAUAUCUGUGAUUAUUCCCUGGAUGUGACAAAUACAGAAGCUAAACCAACUAGUCGUUUAAAAGAUCGUAGCGCUACAUUAUUUGAAUUGAAAAAUUAUCUACUAUCACGACAAGCAUCUAUUUUAUGUAUAUGUGAUAAAUUAUAUGAAUUCCCUGCGCAUACUCAUCGGGUGAUUUGUUCUACACUGAAUGAGAUGGACAUAUUAAAGAUUCGUAUAGAUCCUUUAUAUCGUGCCGUCUGGAUUCUAUGCAUCUGUUUAAAUACCCUAACAAAUAUUCGCUUAGAUUCAAAUCGUUCAAUCGAUGAUAUUAAUAAAUCAAUCAUUGAAGUAUUAGAUACAGCCUAUUCAUGUAAUCAUAUCCUAGAGAAUAUCAGUUCAAGUCGAAUUACACGGAAAUCCCUGGUCAAUAAUCAGUCAAUGUUGACACCACCAGCAGCGAUAGCGACAGCCACGGCGACAACAACAUCAACAUCACAGAAUAUUUUUCUCGAUGCUAGAAAAGACUCCAGUCCUACAGUCUGGUAUAUGAGUCAUAUAGUAGAUAAGAUCUAUACACAUUUGAAUUCUCAACAAAAUCAAAUGCUGUUAGCAAGAAAAUCUCCGCCAAUUUUAAUGACACAGCAUAGUACUAGUGGUAAUAGCUCUAUGCUGACAGAUACACCAUUGAAAUUCAUCUCUAAGCAUAAAUCCUCAUUGAACACUAAUACUAAUACAAAUACUAAUAACAGUAAUAAUACUAAUAGUAAUAGUAACAAAAAUGACAAAGAUGAGAAGGACACUUCUUACUGGACCCAGAGUUAUGCAGUUGAAUUAUGGUUGUAUGUUUUUAAUUAUUUAAAACAAAUUGGACAAAUGACUGGUCUUUGGUGUAGCAGUAGUAGUAGUAGUAGUAUCAAGUCCAGUUCACCAAUUCAUCGUAAAAAACGUGCACUACUGAAUUCAGUAGUCAGUGGAAAUUUGAAGAAAAAUAACAACAACAACAAGGAGAAGGCGAAUCAAUCAGUUGUCGAUUCUUCUGUAAAUGAUCGAAGCGAUGGAGACGAAGAAGAAGAAAAGGUUGUUGAUCCACAAGAGAUGUCCGAUGCUGGAGCAGGAGGGGGAGGAGGACGGCCUGAGAGGUUUUCCUGUCAAGACAAUUCUCUCCUCUUGGCUCAUAAUCAUGUGACUGCAUUGUUUAAUUCAUCAGUGAUGUAUUCACAGAUUUUUAUUGCAACUGGACAAACAUUAGUCGGUUUCUUGAAAUUGAUACAUAAUCCUAAACGAGCGUAUGAAAUAGUCUUUGAUUUGGCUGAUUAUUUAUUUUCACAAGAAGCCUAUGAUUCUGCAUCAUGGUUAUACGAGUCAAUAAUCAACUUUUAUGAUGAACCUUUAUGGUUGGGUUUAAUAACUAGUGCACGUAUAUGCUUAGCCUGGUGUUUACACUUAUUAUGCAUUGGAAAAGAAUAUAGAAAUAAAGAUAGUUGUGAAAUUGCUCAAAAAUAUAUUCAAAUCUGUUUCACCCUGUCUGGUACACGUCAACCCAUUCUACGCAAUGCUGUUGAUCAUGUUUAUCGUAAAGUUUAUUUUUGGUAUCAAACAUCCAAUCUGACGGAUAUUCUACGCAUACCCACAUAUAGUGAUGCAAUUGAUCCGCAUUAUUGGUGGAUACAAGCUGUUGAAUUUCAUAAUUCAUUAUUAUCCUUCAAUCAAUCGAUUAUUACAAAUCCUUAUGAUAUGUCUGCACUGUUUCGUUUAAAGCUACUUGAAUUAGAUGGUGUAUGUGAUUGUGGUUAUGAAUUAAUCUCUGCUGAGAUUGAGUCGAAUUCAGAGCGAAAUUUUCAAGUCUCUGUCCAAAUUAUUGGCUCAGAACCAUCCUAUGUCGAUUGGCAAACAUUAUUAAAUCCCAAUGAUUUCCUGCCAUAUCAUGUCAUGAAUACACACAAUUCACCAUCAUCAUCAUCAUUAUUAUUAUCAUCACAAUCUGAUUCACAAUUGCAUUUAGUUAAUUUAGCUAAUCUUCCAUCACUUUCUGUUGUAAACAGUAUAGAUGGGACAAAUACUGGUGGUGCUGCUGCAGCUGCUGCUAAUAAUAAUAAUACUACUAACAACAAUAAUAAUAGUAGUAGUAUUAUUCAGAGACAUGUACGCAGUCAACUAUCUAUUCCAUCAAGUACUGGUGUUGGUAUUGGUGGUAGCCAAUUGGAUUUAGAACAAAUGAUGAAUAAGUACUUGCUACUACCGACACCACCAGUAGCAACUGUUUCCACUUGUCGAAGUUAUUCCAAUAUACCAGAUAGUUCAAAAGACUACAAGUAUGCUGCUGCUAGUAGUGGUCAUAGUAAUCAAGUGAUGAAUCCUAUCGGUGUGCUGGUGAAUAAUCGACCACGUGUUGAUUCACGAUUAGGUUCAUUGUUGAAUGUAGCUGCAUCGUUAGCCAGUAGACCGGCGUGGAAAUCUCAAGAUGUAUUAAAUGAUGAAACGAAUGCCUCCAAUUCAUCUACUACUCAGCAUAAACAAUCAGUACAUUUAAGAAAUAAAGGUAGAUUUAAUCGAAUUCCUUCAGAUGGAUACAUUGAACCAAAUGGGAAUGGAACUCCACGAAUUAUGCGACAAUAUUCACUUCGUCCAACAAGAAAAAGAUCAUUCACUGUGAAUGGAAAACAGGAUAUUUUCGGUAAUGAGAUAACUGGAUCAAAUACUACUUCUAAUACAAAACCACUUUUCAUUCUACGACAUGAAUCUGUUGUGACUAUCAGGCCUGGAAUAAACAAGUUACUGUUCGUAUGUAAUGUGCCAGGAUUUUAUAUACCUGAACAAAUAUCUAUUAUCUGUUAUGAUAAUGAUGAUACACAUACUACUGAAGUCAAUUUUGCCUCAGAUAUUGACGGGGAUGUCUAUGGACCGAAUUGGCGUAAUGUUGAAUUAAUGCAAACAUUAUUACCUAAACCGGAAAUUGCUUUAUCAUCCAGUAAUGGGGAUAAACCGUAUCCAGUUGUCUUCGGAACAUGUCAACCGAUCCCGAUACGAUUAAGAUUAGGCAAACUGGGUUUACCACAAGAUUGCAAGCUGAGCACAAAAUUAUAUCGUAUUCACCAUUCAUCGAAUAAACGUUAUAAUAAUAAUAAAAAUGAUACAAAAGCUAAGCACACCUCUGUCUCGCACAAGUCGUCCACAUCCAUAGUGAUCACUACUCCUACGCAUGACAAUGAUGAAAAUGAUAUUCCUGCCAGUAGUGUUCCUAUGACAUCUAUUGCAAAUGACUACACUUUGGUGUCGAAUACAUUUGACCAGCAUGAAGAGAGCAGUGCUCAUCAAACAGCUGACAGUAAUAAUAAUAAUUUUAUGAAUUAUACCCUACCACAUCAAUUUAUCCUAGAAGAUGGACCAGUAGACUUUAUUCAAGAGUACAACAAUUCAACAGCAUACAAUAAUCCUACCACUACUACUACUACUACUUCGUGUAAAAUUAAUCAUCCUGUACCGGCAUUUCCACCUGGAUGUUGUUUACAGCUAAGCAGACCGUUAAACUUAUCUGCUGUUUCAUGUAAUGAUCAAUUUGCUCUUUCAAUGCCCAGUGGACAUUAUUGUAUUUUACCAGUGAAUAUUAUCAAACCAUUGGCAUUCAGAUUGAAUAUGUUCCCUCUACUUAAAUCAUACAUUAUAUUUAGCCUGCAUAUCGCUUGUGUAGACACAGAUCCCGACUGUAUUAUCCCACCCGAGUUAUACUGUAGUCUUGAAAGACCAUGUCGAGAACCAGUCACAUUUGAAUUAUCAAAUAUGAGAUUUUCUCUAUCCGCUUGUAAACCUUCUCCUACUACUCCUGCUCCUGCUCCCUCAUCUCAACAUAAACGUCCAGCUCUGCGUAGUUCUUCAACUGGCAAUCAACAGCUAAAACCUCAACAUCGAAAUUUGUCAAAAACACGUAGUUCACCUGCAGCUGAUGAAGGUGUACAACUUGCUGAGGAGCGUACUACUACUAGUACGCAUAAAAAUGAUUUCUUGAAAACAGGAUCUGUUGAUAAAUUGUAUGAAAGUAAUGAAGAUAAGCCUAUUGAAUCGUUAAAUGGUGAUAUUCUAGACAAUAAACUUACUAAAGCUUAUGUCAAUCAUUUGACACCAUUUUCAAUCCCUUGGCGUUUUAAACAAUUAGAGUAUAAUCAGUUUAUGAAAGUGUGUAAGGAGGCCCAGUAUCAACCGAUUGGUCGUUUCGAGUGUACAAUGAAUCGUAUUGGUGGCACAAAAAUUAAUCAACAAAUUCGAGUGGAUUGUGCUCUUCAACAAAAAAUUUAAUUCAGUUUCUUUCUCAAAAAAAUAUCAUGAGUUCAAUGAUGGUAUCUCAUGCUAUUCCGCCAAAAGAUGAUCAAUUCCAGGAAUCCAAAGUCCUUCAAAAUGACGAUGGUGUAAUAUUAGUUGCUCAACGUUAAUUAUUCUACUUUCCAUAAUUAUUAUUGUUGUUUAUUUUUGCACUUGUUACUUUUUCUAUUAAAUGUAUAUUUUUUUAAAUCUCACUAACCAUACUACUUAUUAUAAAGGAUAAACUACUUAAAUGUGUGUAUCGUCAUUACUGAAGGCAUUCAUUUCUAACUUGCCUAACUAAAAAGAAUUACACAUCAUAACAUAUACACAUAUCUGUGAUAUCAAAUUUGCCCUUAUUGGUACGAAACCGAUUUUGUUUUUGUUAUUUUCUUUUUUUUAACUGAACCAAAAUCAUGAUUACACCAUCAGCACCAUUCCACUUUCGAUAUUAUUAUUAUUAAUAAAAGCAAUACAAUAACCCUUCAUUUUUCAAAGUACACACAGCAUUAUCUACAAAACACUACUACUCUCAGUAGUGUGUGUACUCUGAUGUCUGUGAAGCGCUCUCUCAGGAAUAUAUAACUCUAACCAAUUCUUCACAAAUAAUCAUCCCAUAUAUACAUACCUCUAAGGAAACUCUACACACAUAUCACAACUUUUCAUUGCUCUAUAUAUGAUGAUUGUAACUGUUUUGCUCAAUACUAACCAGUAAUAAUGAUGAUAAAUAUGCUAACUUUUGCAGCUGUUCUUUCAUAUUCGUGAUCAUCAUCAAUCCUACUUUCCAUUUUGUUUGCGUUCCGAGUGAAACAUGCUUGAGCUUUGUAGAGG